UGGCCGUAGAGUAUAUCAUUGCUUUUACAGUGCGCGUGAUUUGCAGUAGAGAAAUUAUUAAAUAUUAAUUUGUAUUAUAUUACGUAGCAACAAAGAUAUUCGUAAAGUAAUCUGAUAAUAUUAAAGGACUAUUGAUUAUUCUUAUAAAGUUAUUGUUUAUCAAUAAAUGAAUCAAUUUAUUUUAUUAUUAAAUUAUAUCUAUGUCUAAAUGUCACUUAAUAAUUCGUUUAUAUAUCUGUUAUUGUAACUAUUCAUUUCAAAGAUAUGAUAACACAUAGUUAUUAUGUCGAUACACUUUUCAUUUUGUUCGUCGUUUUGAUAUUGGUAGUAUGGGAGAAGAAGAAAUCGUAAUUGAUGAUGCAGAUGAAUGUUCUAACUUUGUAAAUACACAACGAAAAAAAGACGAAUCAUCUUCUACUCAAGUAAUGCCAUUAUUAUAUUUUCAACCCAGUAAAAUACGUUCAAAUCAACCAACUACUUCGGAUGCGUUAACAACAUCAUCUGCUCAGAUAACAACAAUUAUCAAUCCAAUCAAUAAUUCGAUUGUUACCAGUCAAAAUAAAGUAUUUAUACAAGGGCAAAAUUUAUCUCAGAGUAAGCAACAUUUUGUUCUUAGACGUAGCCCGGUUACCAGUAUUAAUACGACCACGAAUUCUGCAAAUCAAGGUCAAAAACAGAUUUUAUUUAGAAAAUCCAAUGUAUCUACUGCUCAGAUAUUACCUUUGAGCACAACUUCAUCACCAUCUCCAUCUCCAUUGCCUCAAUCACAAACUUUAUCUUCUUCACCACCACCUGCACCACCAUUACCACUUCUAUCGUCAACAUCAGUUUCUUCAUCACAAGAUAAUAAUUCGAUGAACAAUCAGAGUGGAAAACAUGCUUUUGCUUAUCUUGGAACACUUAUAAAACCCACUAACAAACCCCGUGAAUCGGUCGUUAUUCCAGCAGGUGCUAUUUCUUCAAAUCAAAUAUCAAAACAAAAAUUAGUUAUUGCUCCUGUUAUCACUUCAUCAAUACCUCAAAAUUCAACAAACACUACAUCAGGAUCACAGCUCAAUACACCUAUUGCGAAACAUAUGACAAAUCUUUUAUUGCCGGUCACAGCUAUUCCUCAACAGAUAUUACGGGAGUCAAAAAACUCAAAUUCGUCAGCUAAUCCACCACCACUGCACCCAAUAAAUAAAAUCGGAAAUUUACUGUCUGUUAAUAAACAAAAUAAUAAUAAUACUACAGACAGUAUAAAAAUAACCGAAAAUCCGGAUUCAGCUGUUAUCACACCAAUACCCAAAAAGGAUGAUAACCUUGUUCAGCCAGAAAAAAGAAAAAAAACUAUAAGCAAUAUUCUUCGUGGAUCCGGAGAAAAGAGAAUAAAAAAGCAAAGUCUACCUAAAUCGAAUGAUUUUAAUGACAACGCGAUUGAUGAAACUUCAUUUAUGUCAAGUCAAAAUACAACUGAUGAUUUAGAUAAAGAAAAAAAGUCACAAAACGAUGAUGAUAUCACAUUAAUUAAAGUUGUUCCAAGUCAAGAAAAGAAAAUGAAAACAAAUCAAGUUAUUGAUGAUGAUAUAAAAAUCGAAAUGAUUAAAACGACAUGUGUUAUUCCAUCAACCACUCAAGAAACCCGAAUGGAAAAGAAGAAUGAUGUUGAAUCAAAUGCUAAAACAGAAUCAAAUGAAUUAAGUAGUAAUAAAGUGAUAACAGUUACAACAAUUACAACUACAUCGUCGGCAAUGACAACAACAGUAACAACAGCUACCACUAGUUCUAUUACUAAUACUACCAAUUCAAGUUCUAUUAUUAAUAAUCAUUUCAAUAAUCAUAAUCAUUAUAAUAAUGAUCCUAAUUUUGAUGUAAACAAAGCUUUAGAGUGGAAAGAUGGUGUAGGAACGUUACCGGGGAGUACAUUAAAGUUUCGCAUAAAUGAAUUCGGAUUAAUGGAAGUCGUAGAUGAUGAUGAAAAUAAUAAACAAGAUAAGCAGCAUAUUAGUAUUGGUGACAAAGAAAAUGUAUGUUUAUUACAAAAUUCUUCCAAAUCAGUCAUUUCUAACACUGAGAAAAAAAAUGAAGAUAAAAAAAUACGUAAUACUUCGUCUGCUGAUACUUUUUAUUGCUGUGAAAGUUGUGGAUGCCAUGGUCUUGCCGCCGAAUUUGAAAGUCCUAUAUCAUGCAGUCCAGAUUGUACCGAAAGAAUUGAAGCGAAAAAGCAACAUCAACUUCGAAGGGAAAAAGAAGCCCGAGAUUUACGAGCUAAAAGAAAACGGAAAAAAUUAUUACAAGAACAAUUAGCAAAACGACAGGAACAAGAGGAUAAAGAUGUUGAGAAAACAUGUCAUCCAGAAAAUAUUUUAACAAAAUCCGAAACAGAUGAAGAUUCAAAAGAUACUACUGUUACUACUUUACUUGAUGAUGAAAGUCAAAGUGAUCCAUCAGAUUCAAGGUAUCCGUGGCAAAAAGUAAAAUCAGGAUUUUCAUGGGCCAAAUAUCUUGAUUAUACAAAAGCAAAAGCAGCCCCUUUGAAACUUUUCAAGGAUCCAUUUCCUUAUGGAAAAAACGCAUUCAAAGUUGGUAUGAAGCUAGAAGGUAUAGAUCCAGAGCAUCCAGCGCGGUAUUGUGUACUUACAGUAUCUGAAGUAGUUGGUUAUCGUUUACGUUUACAUUUUGAUGGAUAUCCGGAAAAUUUUGAUUUCUGGGUAAAUGCUGAUAGUAUGGAUAUUUUUCCGGUGACUUGGACUGAAAAAACUGGACAUAAACUUGAUCCCCCAAAAGGCUAUGUUCCAAACAAUUUUAAUUGGCCAGCGUAUCUUAAAAUUUGUAAAGCUACUCCAGCACCAAGAGCAGCAUUUGCUUGUCAUAAAAGCGUAAAAAGUACGGUAUAUCCAACAAUGGCAUUUCGUGUUGGUAUGAAGUUAGAAGCCAUAGAUCGGAAACACUCGUCAUUAGUCUGUGUUGCCAGUAUAGCUGAUAUAAUGGAUUCAAGAAUACUUAUACACUUUGAUUCUUGGGAUGAAGUAUAUGAUUAUUGGGCUGAUGCAAGUUCACCAUAUAUCCAUCCAAUUGGAUGGACUUUUUAUAAUGGCCAAAGCCUUACACCGCCUAAUAAUUAUAAAGAUCAAGGAACAUUUAACUGGGAUACAUAUUUAAGAGAUACUCGUUCUCUUCCGGCACCAGCGAGAGCUUUUAAACAAAGACCACCGUGUGGUUUUAAACGAGGGAUGAAGCUUGAAGCCGUAGACAAACGAGUACCACAAUUAAUUCGUGUCGCGACAGUUGAAGACGUAAAAGAUCACAUGAUAAAAAUUCAUUUUGAUGGAUGGCCAGAAAAUCAUGCAUAUUGGGUAGACGAUGACUCUCCAGACAUUCACCCAAUGGGAUGGUGUUUCAAAACUGGACAUCCUUUAGAACCUCCUUUAACUCCAGAAGCUAUGAGUGAACGAACAGAGUGCGGUACACCAGGCUGUCGAGGAAUUGGUCAUAUAAAAGGCCCUAAGUAUGCAACUCACAAUUCGCCAUCUGGCUGUCCUUACUCACCUCAAAAUUUACAAAAAACACGAAUGGUUUCGGAUAGAUUGUGGACUAAAAAUGAAAUUUACAAUUAUGAUGAAGAUUCAACUGAUAAGCCGAAAUUAGAAAAAACUAUUUUAAAAGUAAAGGCAAAUAAACAAUUAGAGAGAGUUUCAUUAUUCAACUUUAAUAGUAAAACUCUAAAAUAUGACAGAGACACAAAACAAGAAGACGAUGAAUUAUCGGACAAAAACGAAAAAGUUGAAAUAUCAGAAAGAUCAGGUAAAUCGAAACAUUUUCAAACUGAUAUUCCAACAGAUGAUGAUGAACAUAUAAGGAGGAAACGUAAAAGGAAUCAAACUUCUGAAGAACGUUCACAAUGUUCUCUAUCAAAUAACAAUUCAAUUACGUUUGGCGGAGAUACAUCAAAUAAUUCUAUCUCAUAUACUACUAAUAUAUCUGAUAAACAAUUACGUACUGAAUUGUACCAAUCAGUAUAUAAUCCUGGUUACAAUCCAUUGCCGGAUGCACCUCAUGUAUGGGCUAAACAUAGUAAUGCUUUGAAUCGAGUUGUAUCUAAACAAAAUACAAAUCCUCGUAGAUGGUCCAACGAAGAAGUAAUUAAAUUUAUUCAAAGUGUUCCUAAUUGUAAAGAUGUCGGUAGUAUUUUCCGCCAACACAGUAUUGACGGCGAAGCAUUUUUAAUGUUGACACAAGAUGAUUUAGUUACAUUAUUGGGUCUAAGAUUAGGUCCAGCAAUUAAAUUAUACAAUAGUAUUGUCUUAUUACGACAAAAGGCAACGUGAAACAUUGAUCACUUUAACCAAACUUCAUAUUUCUUAGAGUCUAUCAUAUAAUAAUUAAGUAUAAUUAUUACUAUCAUAUUAUUGAAAUUAUUGUAUGCUUUAUUGAUGCUCUAAUUAUUAUCAUUAACGAUAUGAACAUAAAAAUAUGCACCACUAUUAUGAACUAUAUAAUACUGCAUAUUACGAUCUUAUUAUUUUUUGUCACUGUACAAAUGUACAUAAAGAGAUACAUUACGAAUAAUUGUUAAAUUUUAGAUUAAG